AUGGCAGACCAAUUAUUACCACUAUUUUUUGCUGUGAUGGAAGAUGAAGAUGAUGAAGAAAAAAAUGAUGAUAAUAACACGGAAACUUUUUUUGCCACAGCUAUUGCUAUGUAAGUUUUGUUGUUGCAUUUGAAGGAAACUAAAUUGAGUUUUUAUUGCUAAAACUAAAAGGAAUAAUUGAAUAAACAAUUACCACUAUACAUAAGUCAAUAUGUACUAUUUAAAGCACGCGUAGGAGUGUUUUAUCACAUAUAAAACACGACGCGUAGCGGAGUGUUUUAUAUGUGAUGAAACACGACUACAAGUGCUUUAAAUGGCUUAAAAAACGACUCCUCUUAUACGAGUUCAUUGGCGAAGUAAUUUUUAAAAUAAACUUUGUCUAAACCGAGAAAAUCAAAGCUAAAGUUUAUGUAAAUUAACAUGAUUUUUUAUCACAUAUAAAACCACGAUACGCUUAUGAUUUUUCUUUGUGUUUUGCUCCUGAAUUAUUAAUGAGUUUUUAAGUACUAUUUAAAGUAUAGCUAUAGGCCAAAUUUUUUCGCGACUGAGAUAUAUAAACAAACUACUGGUAUAAAAAAAUAAACAUGUAUAGACAUGAGAUAUGACUGUGUCCCAUAUAUCAGUUGUUUUGUCAUGACACUUCUCUUAUUUUAAACAAGGGUUCGAGAAGAUAGGACAAAAGUUGGCAAUUACGCAGAAUUGACAAUACCCAGUUAUCUUAUAGACGAUUUUCAGAGAUUUUUCAGGAUUUCAAGAGGGACAUUUGAAGUUAUUCUCAGAAAUAUAGCCGUUUAUCUUACACCUGAUAUUGGAAGAGGAAGAGCUGCUAUAACUCCUGAAAAACACUUAUUAAUUACUAUUUGGUUUAUUUCACACCAGGAUACAAUUCACAGAAUGAGCGAUAGAUUCAGUGUUACAGAUUCAUCCAUUAUCCGAUGCAGAGACAGAGUUUUCACUGUUGUUUUGAGAUAUUUAAAAACAAAAUUUAUCUACUUACCUGAAGAUUAUAAUGUAAAAGCCCAAAUAAUGGAUGAGUAUAGGAUUGGGUCUCAGUUCCCAAAUGUGUUAGGAGCUAUUGAUGGUACUCACAUACGCAUUGUCGCACCCAGUGAACAUUCUCAAGUAUAUGUAAACAGGAAAAAAUUCCAUUCGCUGGUAUUGCAAGGAAUUUGUGCCAGUAACAUGCAAUUCUUGCAUGUUCUAGCAGGUUGGCCUGGCAGUGUUAAUGAUUCUAGAAUACUUAGAAACUGUGACGUUUGGAACAUUGCUCCAGAUUGGUGUGGGGUUGAUAAUCAUUUGGUGGGUGAUGGGGCUUAUCCAUUGCAACAGUGGCUUUUAACGCCAUUCAGAAACAAUGGUCAUUUGACUCAGAGAAUGCGCCGAUUUAACUAUCGAUUAUCCUCCGCUAGAGUUGCAAUUGAACGGGCUUUUGGUCUGCUGAAGGGGAGGUUUCGUCGCCUAAAAUUGCUUGACACAAAAACAAUCAAAACUGCAGUUGAUACAAUAAUUGUAUGUUGUAUAUUCCAUAAUAUAUGCAUCGUUAAUGAUGAUGUAUUAGAACAAUACAUUACAGAAAACCAAGAAGAAGCUCACCAACACAAUAACCUGGCCUUAAACAAUGAAGAUGAUGAAAAUGGUAUGGAAAAACGAGACCGUAUUGCUGAUGGAUUUAUUUAA